CUCUCUCUCUCUCUCUCUACUUCUUCGUGGAUUUCAGCGUCAAUUUUUCAAACUCUCACUCAAACCCGCGCUCUCAAACCCCACCACCAUCCACACCACACUUUUCUCUAGACUUCACCCUUUGAUUUUUUAUUAUUUUUAUUAUUAUUAUUUCAUCCUCAAUAUACCCUGUUUUUAUUUCACUAUCUCCAGUUUCAACACUCUUUCUUGAUUGGGGUUUACUUUCAUAUCAUCUUUCAGAUCUACAGAGACUCUUAUCAUUCAAAAGGGUUUCAAGAUUGUUGAUGUUUCAUUCAAAAGGGUUUAUUGUUGAUGUUUGAUUGAAAAGGGUUUCAAGAUUGUUGAUGUUCCAUUCAAAAGUUUUUGAUGGCUGUGAAUGAUUUUUAAUCAUUUCUUUAAUUUUAGGGGUUCAAGAUUGUUGAUGUUUGAAUCAAAAGGGUUUCAAGGGUGUUGAAGUUUGAAUCAAUCAGAAAGUUUGAAUCUUGAGGCAUUUGGAGGCAUGUGGUGUUGUGUUUGAAUUGAAUAGUAGUUUGUUAAACUUUUUGCCCUAAAAAGAGGCUUUUUUUUUUUUUUUUUUCAGUUUUUGAGGCUUUUUUUGGUCAUCUUUUGUUGUGAUUUUUAUGAACUUUUAAGAGUGUUUGGAUGCUUUAGCAUGCCAAAGUUAGGGUUUUUAGGUGGUGUUGGUGAAAGAUGCAAAGUAUGAAGAACAAAGGGUGUGAUAGUAUUAGUAGUUGUAAUAACAGUAGUAGUAAUAAUAAUAAUAACGGUGACGGUAAUGGUAAUGGUGAAGCUCAGAAGCAGAAGGAGAGGCAUAUAGUUUCUUGGUCUCAAGAGGAAGAUGAUAUAUUGAGGGAACAAAUUGGUAUCCAUGGAACCGACAAUUGGGCUAUUGUUGCGUCGAAGUUUAAGGAUAAAAGUACACGACAAUGUAGACGAAGAUGGUUCACUUAUUUGAAUUCGGAUUUCAAAAAAGGCGGUUGGUCACAAGAGGAAGACAUGCUUUUAUGCGAGGCUCAAAAGAUUUUCGGCAACAGAUGGACCGAAAUAGCAAAAGUGGUUUCAGGCAGGACGGAUAACGCGGUCAAGAAUCGGUUCUCCACUUUGUGCAAGAAGAGAGCAAAGAACGAAGCGCUGGCGAAAGAGAACAACAAAUUUUACAUCGCAACAAACAACAAAAGGACCAGACUUCACAACGUUCAUGAUUCAGAAACGCUUCUAGAAAUGUCUCCUUCGAAGAUACGGAGGAAACAUAUCCCGGAUGCAACAGAAGAUUAUCGGCAACUUAGACCUCCAUUCACUCUAAUUUUACAGAAAUGCCAUAACGUUAACGCAACUACAACGCAGCUUCGUCCCAAAACUGACGAGGUGUCGAAAGAUGGAACAUUUCUAAAGAAAGACGAUCCGAAGAUUAUCGCAUUGCUACAACAAGCGGAACUACUUAGCUCACUCGCGAUUAAAGUCAAUACGGAGAAAACAAACGAGAGUUAUGAAGAUGCUUGCAAGGCCGUUCAAGAUUUUAUAAAACAAUCGAAAGGAAGCGAUGCUCUUGGAUUCAAUGUUUCCGAUAUGGACGUAAGAAGUUGUGAUGAAGGCAGCCAGCAAUCUUGGAGGCAACUAGAUUUAUAUCAAGGAUCCCCGGACGGGUCUGACUACAGUACAGGGUCAACGGUUCUUUCCCAAGCGAUAGAAAAAAUGGAACCGGUUCAAGAUAACAUUGUCGAUGGUAAAAGUAACAUAAUACCCGAUUCAACAACAAACGAAGAUAUAUUAGGUUCUUGUGACGGAUUUGAUAAUGAUGUUGAUGUCGUAUGUCCUUUGCCAAAUUCGGAGUUCAAUUCACCCGUUCAAGUGACCCCGAUGUUUAAAUCGAUGGCUGCAGGGAUCCCGAGCCCACACUUUUCGGAAAGUGAACGGAACUUUCUACUAAAAACACUCGGAAUGGAAACACCACCACCCAAACAAAACACCAAAACCGCGCAUCCACCCUGCAAACGCGCCCUUCUUCAUUGCCUUUGAGCAAAAUUCCCAAACUACCCCUAUCCAGAUUUUGCGAGCAUGUGGAGUUUCCCCUUCAUAACUGGAUUUGCAGUCAUUCUCAGCCUGACUUUUUACACAAAAAGGUUUGAUCAAGAUCUGCAUCGAAAUCUAGAAUGUUCCGGUACAUUCUAGAAUGUUUAGUAGAUCUAACAACAUAAAUCUCCGGUGUGUGUUUACUGUUUACCGCUUUAUUGACUUGCAUUGUUUUCGUUUGUUAAUUUUUGGCGAGUUGCGAAUAUGGGUAUAUUCGUAAUUUCCCACAUAACAUAUUUGGCCUCGAAAUAUGCCAAAUCCUGCACAGAACAUAAUUUUACUUUUUUUUUUUACAGAGUGUAAUUAUACAUCGGCAACUCGCCUGUAUUUACGAUAUUACCCCCAAUGGUAAAGAGGGUAAUAGUAGAAAACAUAGAGUUGAGUGUGGAGGCUCAAUCACCAUAAGUUGGACUCCAAUUUGUUUGUUUGUUUUAGUGUGUGUGUGUGUGUAGAAGGUGUAAGCUUUUGUUAUAAUGCAAUGUAUGAAAUACAAUGAUUUGAUUUUAAGGUGUGUGAUUCUUGUGUGCA